GCACAAUAGUUUAGCUACCCAAGUUUGAUCAAUAUGUUAUCCGCCUUAUUCCAAAGAAACUCGGUCUACGUGGCCACCGUCUUCGGCGGUGCCUUUGCGUUCGAAGGCUUCUUCGACAAAGCCAUUAACACCUGGUACGACAACCACAACAAAGGUAAGUUGUGGAAAGACGUCAAGGGCAAAUUCCUCGAAGGCGGCGACGAGGAUGAGGACGACGACUAAACCCAUCCUCAUGUUGAAUAGACUAUAUUUAAUGCAUCUUUAAGAAUACACCCGUAGACGAU